UGAGGAUGGGGGAGAGUCGGGGGGCUGUGUGGAGAGACGUUUGGGAGGAAGAGGACGAAGACUUCAGGAGGUGUCGAGUCGCUGUUGUUGCAUCACGAUUACACAACCACAGAAACCUGCAGCUGUGCUUCAUCAACAACAGUGACAGCGAAGACGACGACGAAGGAGCCAAGAAAAAGGUUUCCAUGGGAACAGGGCACAACGGUUGCCAUGCCUCCGGGCUGAAACAGGAAGUGGCCACCGCUCUGAGAACGCUGAGGGACAACCUGCUGGCUGAACAGAAGGACGAGGAGCAUCUUGCCAGCAGCAGCGAUGUUGCCAAAAGGAAACAUCUGGAGCGUUGGGAGCUGCAGGAGCGUUCGGUGCAGCAGCUCAGCAGCCUGAGAGCGUCACUUCAACAGGAAGUACACGCUCUGAGCUCUGAGCUGGUGACUCACCUGUUGGUACGAGACCAACUGAGGACGAAGCAGGACGCCAUGCUGCUGGAUGUCCAGGACCUGACCUAACACCAGGACCACAGACUGGACCAUCCAGACUAACUCAGCCGAGCCAUCGAGUUUCCUCCAACUCAGUGUGGACUUUUGGCCGCUCUGGGACCACGUUAGCCCAGGAGUCGUUUACUUCAGCAAAUCAUUAGCCUACCAGCUAACUUCUCAAAACUGACAAACCACCAGUGUCAACAAGAGGGAGAUGCAUCUGGAUGCUCAGGGUAAAAGGAAAUCCAAUCAAAUCUGUGAGACGAUGAGGAUGAGACGUCCAAAGUAAAGUUUGUGUGUGAGUUGGUACAUGACAGAACAAAAUGAAGUUAGCAUGAAAUGACACAAAGUCACUGUGAAUGUUUCAAAUCAAAGGAACAAAGAUGCGUCGACGUCUCCGAUCAGCUGCUGGCUAGUAAGAACAGGGUUGAACCAGCCGGAGCUACGAAGCCUUUUAAACUUAAAUAAGAAACAAAGACACAUCGCAGCUCAGAUUAAGUCAAAAUUUCCUCUAAACUGCACUCAGUAUCAUUCAGUAUUUGGUUUACCCAAUAAGCUACUUAGGAUCUGUGUUUUACAGCCAGUCCAGUUCUUUGUGUUGUACAUGGAAAAGAAGGUAAAGGAGUCGGCUGCACCAGCUGUUCGUAAGUUCAAACUGUAGUUAAAACGUAAUCGCUCAACUAAAAUUACUUACUACGACCACAAACUAGUUGUUAAGUGUCUAAGAACUUAACCUUCCUGUCGUCCUCCCGGGUCAAAUUGACCCCGUCUGUUUUGACUGUUCCUUCCUUCCUCCCUCCUUUCCUUCCUUCCUUCCUCCCUCCCUCCCUUCCUUGAGUCGAGGACAACAGGAGGGUUAAAGGCUGUUUUCAAACCUUUAGUUAGUUCUGGUCUGAAUCUGUGGAUGAGUUUUAACUUUGG